AUGUCUUUCUUAAUUAGACAAUUAACUCGCAGGGUGCUUUCUCCAGUGGCAUCGUCUGUGAAAAACCUGAAUUUUUCUACUACUAGCGCUGCAUUUGUUCCUAGAGUCCAAAAACCAGCUCCCAACUUUGAAGCAAUUUCUGUAGUGAAUGGUGAAUUCAAUAAACUUAAGUUAUCAGAUUUCAAUGGCAAAUAUGUUGUUAUGAUAUUCUAUCCAUUGGAUUUCACAUUUGUCUGCCCGACAGAAUUAAUUGCGUUUAGUGACAGGGCACAGGAGUUUGCUGGUAUUGAUUGCCAAGUCUUGGGUGUUUCUACUGACUCUGAAUUCAGUCAUCUUGCCUGGAUUAAUACUCCUAGAAAGGAUGGUGGUUUGGGUAAACUAGAUAUUCCACUUCUUGCUGAUUACAAGAAAAAGAUUUCAACAGAUUAUGAUGUUCUUCUUGAUGAAGGUUUUGCGCUUCGUGGUUUAUUUGUCAUUGACAGAAAUGGAAUUUUAAGACACAUGGCGGUCAAUGACCUCCCUGUUGGCAGAUCUGUAGAUGAGACUCUGAGGCUUGUUAAAGCAUUCCAAUUUGCUGAUAAGCAUGGUGAAGUUUGUCCUGCUAAUUGGAACCCUGAUACUAACGCUAGAACAAUCAAGCCUAGUCCUAGAGAAAGCAAGGAAUACUUCAGUAAAGCUCAUUAA